AUGUUUCGCCUGUUGCACUCGGUGAAGCGCCGUGUGCCACUACACAAGGCCAACGGAAAUCGAUUAUUAGUUUCCGCACGCGAAAAAGUAAAUCGUCGCAAUGUGCCGCGGUUCGAGACUCCCGCUGUACUCGAGUUUGAAGACGGUUCGCGCUUCCGCGGUGUUUCUUUUGGUGCAAAAAAGUCUACAGCUGGUGAAGUGGUCUUUACGACUGGGAUGGUUGGCUACCCAGAAGCAUUAACUGACCCGUCUUUUAAGGGUCAGAUCCUUAAUAUGACGUUUCCGAUGAUCGGCAACUAUGGUGUACCCGAUACGAAAGCAUUAGACAAGUAUGGUCUUCUUCAAAAUAUUGAGUCAGACCGCAUCCACGCUGCAGGUAUGAUUGUACAAGAUUACUCGACUCAUCACAGUCAUUGGAACGCCGCGCAGUCGUUGUCCGAGUGGCUUGAAAGUGAAGGCAUUCCCGGUAUCAUGGGCAUUGAUACACGUGCUAUUACCAAAAAAAUUCGGGCACACGGCGCUAUGGCUGGCCGUAUUAUUGUUGAAGGCUGCGACAAACCCAAUCUUAUUGAUGUAAAUGAGGCAAAUCUUGCAUCCCUUGUCUCGACAAAAGAGAUCAUUACCUAUGGCAAGGGGAAUCCACUGAAGAUACUGGCUGUUGAUUGCGGUAUCAAGUACAAUAUUAUAAGAGAACUCGUAAAACGUGGCGCUGAGGUUAAGCGUGUACCCUGGAACCAUGACAUUUCAUCAGAAUUUGGCUGGUACGAUGGCCUCUUUAUCUCUAACGGUCCCGGAGAUCCGGCCAUCAUGAAAGAAACGACGGCUCAGCUACAAAAAGCGCUUGCUUUACAAGGAAAUGAUGUUAAACCGAUCUUUGGGAUCUGUCUUGGGAAUCAGCUGCUUAGUCUUGCUGCUGGUGCUAGCACUUACAAGCUGCCAUUUGGCAACCGUGGUCAGAACCAACCCGUGCACAACUGUAAGACUGGUCAGAGCUAUAUUACGGCUCAGAAUCAUGGCUACGCUGUGGAUGGCAAUACUUUGCCUAGCGACUGGGAUGAAUUGUUUGUAAAUCUGAACGACGGCACAAAUGAGGGAAUAAUUCACAAGUCAAAGCCUUAUUUCACUGCACAAUUUCAUCCAGAGCACGCUGGCGGUCCCACAGAUACAGACUUUCUCUUUGAUACAUUCCUCGAUGCUGUACGCAACAAAGAGAAGGGAGCGAUUAAGAGUUUGGUUCAGCGUCCUCAUAUUGAACGACCAAAGGUGAAGAAGGUGCUUGUUCUAGGUUCUGGCGGUCUCUCAAUAGGUCAGGCUGGUGAAUUCGACUACUCUGGCUCACAAGCUAUCAAAGCAUUGAAGGAAGAAAAUAUUGAGACGAUUCUAAUCAAUCCGAAUAUUGCAUCGGUGCAGACUAAUAUUGACCGUUCGAGUGAAGCACAAGCCAGUAAUGUGUACUAUCUCCCGGUGAACGCGGACUUUGUUGAGCAAGUAAUAAAACGAGAGCGUCCAGAUGGUAUUUUGAUCUCUAUGGGUGGUCAAACUGCACUCAAUUGCGGUGUGGAGCUUGACAAGCGUGGGAUACUUAAGAAAUACGGCGUGCAGGUGCUCGGUACCCAAAUUGAUGUAAUCAACUACACUGAGGAUCGUGAGCUCUUUAACGACAAGCUGGCCGAAAUUAAUGAGAAGAUUGCACAGAGCGAAGCCGUUGAGUCGGUAGAAGACGCCGUUCAGGCGGCUUAUCGUAUUGGAUUCCCUGUAAUGAUUCGAUCUGCUUUCGCACUUGGGGGUCUGGGCUCAGGUAUAUGUGAAGACGAAGCGCAUCUACGUACAAUGGCGAAACAAGCGUUCUCUGGUAGUCCCCAAAUUUUAGUCGAACGCUCUAUGAAGGGCUGGAAAGAAGUUGAGUACGAGGUCGUGCGUGAUGCUGCUAACAACUGUCUGACAGUGUGCAACAUGGAAAAUUUUGAUCCGCUGGGCAUUCACACGGGCGAAUCAAUCGUAAUUGCGCCUUCUCAAACGCUUUCAAACCGCGAGUACCAUAUGCUGCGUGAAACUGCUGUCAAGGUGGUGCGUCAUCUUGGGAUCGUCGGUGAAUGUAACAUCCAGUACGCCUUGAACCCUGAAUCCGAAGAGUAUUGUAUUAUUGAAGUGAAUGCACGGCUUUCGCGUUCCAGCGCACUGGCCUCCAAGGCCACGGGUUACCCUCUUGCGUUUGUGGCGGCUAAACUUGCCCUGGGUAUCAAUUUGCCUGACUUAAAGAAUUCGGUAACCAAAAGUACAACUGCUUGCUUUGAGCCCUCCCUAGACUAUUGCGUUGCGAAGAUGCCACGAUGGGAUCUCGCCAAGUUUGACAAUGUCAGCACAGAAAUCGGUUCGUCGAUGAAAAGUGUUGGUGAAGUCAUGUCCAUUGCACGUACGUUCGAAGAGGCGAUUCAAAAGGCUCUGCGCAUGGUUGAACCUUCAAAUGAAGGUUUUGAGCCGCGCUAUGAAGAACUAUCUCACGAAGAACUCGUUAAAGCACUUGGCAAACCCACGGAUCGACGAAUUUAUCAAAUUGCACAGGCUUUAAAGACUGGCCAAUUAUCAAUUGAGCAAGUGCACGAGAUUACAAAGAUUGACACGUGGUUCCUCAGCCGCCUGCAAGCUAUUUGUGACUGCGAUGUGAAUUUGACUGGGAAAAAGCUUUGCGAUGUAAGUGCUGAGGAGAUAAUUGAGGCUAAAAAGCUCGGAUUCGCAGACCGACAACUAGCUCGUAUGUUUAGCUGUACAGACGACGAAGUGCGUGCGAGGCGCAAGGAGCUUGGUAUCGUGCCAGCGGUGAAGCAAAUCGAUACAUUAGCGGCUGAGUAUCCAGCACAAACCAAUUACCUAUACAUGACGUACAACGGUACCGAACACGAUGUUCCUGCUCAAGACCCGAAUGAUGGUGUGAUUGUAUUGGGCAGCGGUGCUUACCGAAUUGGAAGUUCUGUCGAGUUCGACUGGUGCGCUGUGAGCUGCAUUCGUACACUGCGCAAACUUGGCCAUCGAGCUGUGAUGCUGAAUUAUAAUCCAGAGACGGUGAGCACGGACUAUGACGAGUGUGAUCAGUUGUACUUUGAAGAACUAUCGAAGGAGCGCGUGAUGGAUGUCAACGACCGUGAGGGCGUCCAAGGCGUCGUGGUAUCCGUGGGCGGUCAGAUCCCAAACAACCUUGCGCUGCCGCUGCACAAGGCUGGCGUCAAGAUUCUUGGCACGCACCCAACUAUGAUUGACAGCGCCGAAGAUCGAUACAAGUUCUCCAAGCUGAUGGACAAGGCCGGUGUGCCGCAGCCUGCAUGGAAGGAGCUGACGAGCCACGAAGAUGCUCGCAAAUUUGCUGAGCGCGUGGGAUACCCUGUGCUUGUGCGUCCGUCUUACGUAUUAAGUGGAGCGGCCAUGAACGUUGCCUACUCGUUUGAGGAACUAAAUAACGUUCUAAAUCAAGCCGUAGCUGUGUCUGCUGACCAUCCUGUUGUCAUUACCAAAUUCGUGGAGGGUGCGAAGGAGCUGGAGCUUGAUGCUGUGGCCAGGGACGGCAAAGUUGUCGCCGCUGCAAUUUCCGAGCACGUCGAGAAUGCCGGUGUGCAUAGUGGUGAUGCCACACUGGUUUUGCCGCCUGUUGAGGCCAGUUCGUUCUACACGAACCAGAUUAAGCGCAACGCUGAGAAAAUCGCUAAAGCACUUAAUAUCUCUGGUCCCUUUAACGCACAGUUCUUGGCUAAGGGCGCUGAUGUGAGCGUAAUUGAAUGCAAUUUACGCGCCUCACGUUCGUUUCCGUUCGUGUCAAAAACAACUGGCGCCGAUUUUAUCAACGCUGCCACAAAAGUGAUGGUAGGCGAGUCAACGGACAAUGACAAUCUACCUCCUCUUGAUGGCCCAAAGCGUCCAGAGGGUUAUGUCGGCAUUAAGGCCCCCAUGUUCUCGUACACUCGUUUAGGUGGAGCUGACCCGCUAUUGGGUGUUGAAAUGGCGUCGACAGGUGAAGUGGCAUGCUUUGGCAAGAACCGCCACGAGGCGUUCUUAAAGGCGCUCAUCUCGUCGAAUUUCAAAUUACCCAAGAAGAACAUUUUGCUCUCAAUGCAGGACAAGUUUUCGGAAGAGUUUGUACAUGCAGCAUACAAGAUGCACGAACUCGGCUACUGCUUGUACACGACCCAAAAAACGCAUGCUUUCUUAAAAAAGUACGACAUUCCGUCAACUAAAGUAGAUUUUCCAUCGGACGGUGACAGCGCGAAUAAUGCGCUUAACCUGAUAAAGGAUGGCAAGAUUGAUCUAGUUGUCAAUUUGCCCAAUAACCAUAGCCAACAGAUGGAGAAUAACUACCAGAUUCGUCGCACAGCGGUGGAUUUCUCCGUUCCCUUAUUGACCAACAUUAGUCUUGUUCAGCUCUUUGUCGAGGCCAUGGCCAUCCACAAGAACAAACCUAUGCUAGGUCUUGAGCCAGACAGUUUAUUUGACUACUACAAACGUGAAAACGACGAGGAUGCGUGGACAGACGUGCAUGAAUUCCAUUAA